UCUUUCCUCAUAAAGCUUCAAGUUCUGACCCACUUCAAGGUUGCGUCUCUAAGCCAGGCAAAGUCUUCAACUGGGCUGCCAUCAAUAACCUGCAGCCAUGAGUGGAGACCAGGAAAUGGCUGUUUUUGGGGAGGCUGCUCCUUACCUCCGAAAGUCUGAAAAGGAGCGUAUUGAGGCCCAGAACAGGCCCUUUGAUGCCAAGACAUCUGUCUUUGUGGUGGACGCUAAGGAGUCCUUUGUGAAAGCUACGAUACAGAGCAGGGAAUCGGGGAAAGUGACAGCCAAGACUGAAGCUGGAGCUACUGUAACUGUGAAAGAUGACCAAGUCUACCCCAUGAACCCUCCCAAAUACGAUAAGAUCGAGGACAUGGCCAUGAUGACCCAUCUCCACGAGCCCGCUGUGCUGUACAACCUCAAAGAGCGUUACGCAGCCUGGAUGAUCUACACCUAUUCGGGCCUGUUCUGUGUCACCGUCAACCCCUAUAAGUGGCUGCCGGUGUACAACCCCGAGGUGGUGGGUGCCUACCGAGGCAAAAAGCGCCAGGAGGCCCCGCCCCACAUCUUCUCCAUCUCUGACAACGCCUAUCAGUUCAUGCUGACUGAUCGGGAGAAUCAGUCCAUCCUUAUCACCGGAGAAUCUGGUGCAGGGAAGACUGUGAACACCAAGCGUGUCAUCCAGUACUUUGCAACAAUUGCUGUCACUGGAGAGAAGAAGAAGGAGGAAACUGGCAAAAUGCAGGGGACUCUGGAAGAUCAGAUCAUCAGCGCCAACCCCCUGCUGGAGGCCUUUGGCAAUGCCAAGACCGUGAGGAAUGACAACUCCUCGCGCUUUGGUAAAUUCAUCAGGAUUCACUUUGGUACCACGGGGAAACUGGCUUCUGCUGAUAUUGAAACAUAUCUUCUGGAGAAGUCUAGAGUUACUUUCCAGCUAAAGGCAGAAAGAAGUUACCAUAUUUUUUAUCAGAUCAUGUCUAAUAAGAAACCAGAUCUAAUUGAAAUGCUCCUGAUCACCACCAACCCGUAUGACUAUGCUUUUGUCAGUCAAGGGGAGAUCACAGUCCCCAGCAUAGAUGACCAGGAAGAGUUGAUGGCCACAGAUAGCGCCAUUGACAUCCUGGGCUUCACUUCUGAUGAAAGGGUGUCCAUCUAUAAACUCACAGGAGCUGUGAUGCAUUAUGGGAACAUGAAGUUCAAGCAAAAGCAGCGUGAGGAGCAAGCAGAGCCAGAUGGCACCGAAGUUGCUGACAAGGCAGCCUACCUCCAGAGUCUGAACUCUGCUGACCUGCUCAAAGCCCUCUGCUACCCCAGGGUCAAGGUUGGCAAUGAGUACGUCACCAAAGGCCAGACUGUGCAGCAGGUGAUCAACUCAGUAGGCGCUCUGGCCAAAGCCAUCUACGAGAAGAUGUUCCUGUGGAUGGUGACCCGUAUCAACCAGCAGCUGGACACCAAGCAGCCCCGGCAGUACUUCAUCGGGGUCUUGGACAUCGCUGGCUUUGAGAUCUUUGAUUUCAACAGCCUGGAGCAGCUGUGCAUCAACUUCACCAAUGAGAAACUGCAACAGUUUUUCAACCACCACAUGUUCGUGCUGGAGCAGGAGGAGUACAAGAAGGAGGGCAUCGAGUGGGAGUUCAUUGACUUCGGGAUGGACCUGGCUGCCUGCAUCGAGCUCAUCGAGAAGCCUAUGGGCAUCUUCUCCAUCCUGGAAGAGGAGUGCAUGUUCCCCAAGGCCACAGACACUUCCUUCAAGAACAAGCUUUAUGAACAACACCUUGGAAAAUCCAACAACUUCCAGAAGCCCAAGCCUGCCAAAGGCAAGGCCGAGGCCCACUUCUCGCUGGUGCAUUACGCGGGCACCGUGGAUUACAACAUCGCCGGCUGGCUGGAGAAGAACAAGGACCCCCUGAAUGACACUGUGGUCGGGCUGUACCAGAAAUCUUCUAUGAAGACUCUAGCUUACCUCUUCUCUGGGGCAGCAGCAGCUGCUGAAGCAGAGUCUGGUGGAAAGAAAGGUGGCAAGAAGAAGGGCUCUUCCUUCCAGACGGUGUCUGCUCUCUUCAGGGAGAAUUUGAACAAGCUGAUGACCAACCUGAGGAGCACUCACCCUCACUUUGUACGGUGCAUCAUCCCCAAUGAAACCAAAACUCCCGGGGCCAUGGAGCAUGAGCUUGUCCUGCACCAGCUGAGGUGCAACGGUGUGCUGGAAGGCAUCCGGAUCUGCAGGAAGGGCUUCCCCAGCAGAAUCCUGUAUGCAGACUUCAAACAGAGAUACAAGGUGUUAAAUGCAAGUGCUAUCCCUGAAGGACAGUUCAUCGACAGCAAGAAGGCUUCUGAGAAGCUCCUUGGGUCCAUUGACAUUGACCACACCCAGUAUAGAUUUGGUCACACCAAGGUCUUUUUCAAAGCUGGUCUCCUGGGGCUUCUAGAGGAGAUGCGAGAUGACAAGCUAGCCCAGCUGAUUACCCGAACUCAGGCCAGGUGCAGAGGGUUCUUGGCAAGAGUGGAGUACCAGAAGAUGGUGGAAAGAAGAGAGUCCAUCUUCUGCAUCCAGUACAAUGUCCGUGCUUUCAUGAAUGUGAAGCACUGGCCCUGGAUGAAGUUGUAUUUCAAGAUCAAGCCCCUCCUGAAGAGUGCAGAGACAGAGAAGGAGAUGGCCAACAUGAAGGAAGAAUUUGAGAAGACCAAAGAAGAGCUGGCUAAAUCAGAGGCAAAAAGGAAAGAACUUGAAGAGAAAAUGGUAGCCCUAAUGCAAGAGAAAAAUGACCUACAACUCCAGGUUCAAUCUAAACAUGCCACAGAAAAUAAGGUAAAAAACCUCACAGAAGAGAUGGCAGGCCUGGAUGAGACCAUCGCUAAGUUGACCAAGGAGAAGAAGGCCCUCCAAGAGGCCCACCAGCAGACCCUGGAUGACCUGCAGGCAGAAGAGGACAAAGUCAACACCCUGACCAAAGCUAAAACCAAGCUGGAGCAGCAAGUGGAUGAUCUUGAAGGGUCUUUGGAACAAGAAAAGAAAAUGCGGAUGGAUCUAGAAAGAGCAAAGAGGAAACUGGAGGGUGACCUAAAAUUGGCCCAAGAAUCCACAAUGGAUGUAGAAAAUGACAAGCAGCAGCUUGAUGAAAAGCUCAAAAAGAAAGAGUUUGAAAUGAGCAACCUGCAAAGCAAGAUUGAAGAUGAACAGGCCCUUGGGAUGCAGCUGCAGAAGAAGAUCAAGGAACUACAGGCCCGCAUUGAGGAGCUGGAGGAGGAAAUCGAGGCUGAGCGGGCCUCUAGGGCCAAAGCAGAGAAGCAGCGCUCUGACCUCUCCCGGGAACUGGAGGAGAUCAGCGAGCGCCUGGAAGAAGCCGGCGGGGCAACUUCAGCCCAGAUUGAGAUGAACAAGAAGAGGGAGGCUGAGUUCCAGAAAAUGCGCAGGGACCUGGAGGAGGCCACCCUGCAGCAUGAAGCCACGGCGGCCACCCUGAGGAAGAAGCACGCGGACAGCGUAGCUGAGCUCGGGGAGCAGAUCGACAACCUGCAGAGGGUCAAGCAGAAGCUGGAGAAGGAGAAGAGCGAGAUGAAGAUGGAGAUCGAUGACCUCGCUAGCAAUAUGGAGACUGUCUCCAAAGCCAAGGGAAACCUUGAGAAGAUGUGCCGCACUCUAGAAGAUCAACUGAGUGAACUUAAGACAAAGGAAGAAGAGCAGCAGCGGCUGAUCAAUGACCUGACGGCUCAGAGAGCGCGCCUGCAGACAGAGUCAGGUGAAUACUCACGCCAGCUGGAUGAAAAGGACUCAUUAGUCUCUCAGCUCUCAAGGGGCAAACAAGCAUUCACACAACAGAUUGAGGAACUAAAACGGCAGCUUGAAGAGGAGAUCAAGGCCAAGAGUGCUUUGGCCCAUGCCCUGCAGUCUGCCCGCCAUGACUGUGACCUGCUGCGGGAACAGUACGAGGAGGAACAGGAAGGUAAAGCCGAGCUGCAGAGGGCAAUGUCCAAGGCCAACAGCGAGGUUGCCCAGUGGAGGACCAAAUACGAGACAGACGCCAUCCAGCGCACAGAGGAGCUGGAGGAGGCCAAGAAGAAGCUGGCCCAGCGGCUGCAGGAUGCGGAGGAACAUGUAGAAGCCGUGAAUGCCAAAUGUGCCUCCCUGGAGAAGACCAAGCAGCGGUUACAGAAUGAGGUUGAGGACCUCAUGAUUGAUGUUGAGAGAACAAACGCUGCCUGUGCAGCCCUGGACAAAAAGCAGAGGAACUUUGAUAAGGUCCUGGCAGAAUGGAAACAGAAGUAUGAAGAAACUCAUGCCGAACUCGAAGCUUCUCAGAAGGAAUCCCGCUCACUCAGCACAGAGCUGUUCAAGCUUAAGAAUGCUUAUGAGGAAUCCCUAGACCAACUUGAAACCUUCAAGCGGGAAAAUAAGAAUUUGCAACAGGAGAUUUCUGAUCUCACGGAGCAGAUUGCAGAAGGAGGGAAACGUAUCCAUGAACUGGAAAAAAUAAAGAAACAAAUCGAGCAAGUGCGAGAACUUGAGGCAGAAGUUGAAAGUGAACAGAAGCGCAACGUUGAAACUGUCAAGGGUCUACGCAAACACGAAAGAAGAGUCAAGGAACUCACUUAUCAAACUGAGGAAGAUCGCAAGAAUGUCCUAAGGCUCCAGGAUCUGGUAGAUAAACUGCAAGGAAAGGUGAAAGCUUACAAGAGACAAGCUGAAGAAGCGGAGGAACAAUCCAACGUCAACCUCUCCAGGUUCCGCAAGCUCCAGCACGAGCUGGAAGAGGCCGAGGAACGGGCUGACAUCGCUGAGUCCCAGGUCAACAAGCUGCGGGUGAAGAGCCGGGAGGUUCACACAAAAGUCAUAAGUGAAGAGUAAUUCAUUCUAAUGCUAAAAGGUGACCAAAGAAAUGCGCAAAAUGUGAAGUUCUUUGUCACUGUUUUGUACUUACAGUUUUUGCAGAUAAAAAAUUUAUUUGCAAAGAA